AUGGUAACAACAUUUAGGAUGUUUUGUCUUACAGAAUAUUGCAUUGCGCUGUGUUACAUUCUUAAAAAAGCCAUAGUGGAAUAUAAAAAGGACAUUAAGCAUUUAGAAAAAAAUAAUGACGAACAGAAGAAUAAAAUUAAUAUAAUACUAGAUAAGAAUAAUAAUUUAUUGAAUGACAACAAUGAACUUUCAGAUAAAAUAGUACAUUUAACGAACUUGUUGGAAGAGCAAAAAAAAAGUAACUCAGGAUGGAGAAAUUUGAUGUUAUUAACAAAAAGCUCGAGAGAAAAUGUUCAGGAUUCAGUAGCAUUUGAGGAGCUCGGAAUUAAGAUAAAGGAAAAUGAAACUUUGCACAAGGAAAUUGAUGAUUUACAGAACCAGAAGGAUAAAUUAGAAAAGGAGCUAGAGUUAUUUAAGAACAAUCACAAGGAAAAACUAAGCGACAGAGAAAGAACGAUCGAAAACUUGAACGACAUAAUUAGCAGCUCUAAUAAGAAUAGGAUUAAGAUGGAAAGCGAGAAUGAUGAAAUAAAGAAACAAAUAGAAAUAAAUAAAAUACAUUUUAACGAAAUUAUAGAAAAAAAAAAUACACACAUAAUUAAAAUUGAACAAGUCUGUAAAACGUUAAAAAAUAAGUAUUACCCAAGGUACAAAAACAAAAUUGAUGAAAAUAUGAAGUAUUUUAAGAAUUACAUUUUAAAUAUAAUACAACGUUUUAGUGAAUACCUAGUUGCCUGUAAAGAACUUUUUACUUUUCAAGACAAACAUCUAAAUAGCAUUUAUCAAAAAUUAGAAAAAGAACAAAUGGGUGAUCAAAUAGAUUAUUAUAAAUUUAUAGACUUGAAAAAAAUUUCUCAAACUGAAGUAAUCUUCCUAGAGGAAGCGAUAAAUUUGUUAGCAAAUUUCGAGGAGGCAUGGCAUAACAAAGAGGACAUUGAGCAUAUUAAGGUAAUUCGAGACGUGCUGCUCAACAUAGCGGCCAAAUUAAAGAAAAUUUUCAUAAAGGUAAAUAUUUAUCUGUGCGUAGAAGAAUAUAUAUAUCCCACAAAUAUUGAGAGUAAAAUGUUUGAGCUAAAAAAUGUUAUCAUAGAAUUAAGAUGUUUGAAAAAUGUUAUCUUAAAAACGAUAAAUAUAUUUGCUUGUGUUUUGUCUGUAUGUCCAUAUAAUAACGACAAAAUAAUGGUUGAAUAUUUUAAAAAAAGAAAAAUUAUUAGUAAAAAAAGCAUAGAUAUGAAUAAAACGGACAGAGGGAUGUACUGCAUUGAAGCAAGUUACAAUGACGUGUAUGCUAAUAACUGGAGCAGUGAAGAAGAAAAUUAUGAUGGCUUAGAAAACAUUAGUAAUAAUAUCCGUAAAGGUAAUAUAAGUAGUAACAACACUAUUAGCAGCAGUAACAGUGGUAGAACGUUUGCGCAUAAUAACGUAAACUUCAAGAAACUGCUAUGCGAAAGAGAAAGAAAAUUCCUCUCUAAAUUUGAACACCUACAAAAUUACACAGAAAAGAAUAACAAGAUUAUUUUCUUUUUAUUAAAAAAAUUUAAAGUAUUAUUAGAAGAUAUAUGUUAUUCUUUUAACUUUUUAAAAUCAUAUAUAUCUUUUCGUAUGUGUGAAAUUAAAGGAGCAGAUAACGUAAAUAUUGAAAAUUACAAAUUAAUUACAUACAUACAAGAUCUGACCAAUUCAUUUAUUAAGGCUAUCGAAAAUUUUGAUAUAGGAAAAUUACAACUACCUCUUGUCUCAUUGUUAUCAUAUAGUAGAUUUAAUAGAUGCAUGUUAUAUAAAAAACAAAGUGAGUUUUUAGAAAAAAUUAAUUAUGCAUAUGCUAAGGUAAACGUUAUUCCAUACAACUCGCUAGAAACUAGUUUUAGACACGUAGAAAUUUAUAAAAAAAAUUAUAUAGAAUUAAAUAAAAUGCUUCUAAAAAAAAAGAAAACCAUCAAGAGGUUGAGAAGAAUAAAUGAACAGGUCUUAAGAGAGUUCAAAAGCACAGUAGUAACAAAUAAAGAGCUAACCAUAAAAAAUGAAUUUUUAACGAAUUCCUUGUCCCUCAAAAGAGAAAUAGAUAAUGAAGAAGUCAUUGUGAACGAUGUACAAUUGUACGCAGAGAAAAUUUUAAAAUUUAUCAUAUCUAAUAAUUGUGAAAAGAAAUAUUUAAAUAUUAGAGAAAAGCAGCUGAUAGAAGCGUAUAUUUGUUCUUGCAUAAAGAUAAAUAAUUUGAAUGGGGAAAUCAAAAAAAACGUGCAGAUUCGAGAGCAGUUAGAAGGAGAAGUCUAUACAAAAGUAGACGAAAUAAAAAAGCUAAAUCAGCAGAUAGAAAUAUAUAAGGAGGAGGAGACAAAUAUACAUAAAAAAUACGAAGAGCAAAUGAAAACCUUACACGAUUUAAUUGUAACCCUGGAAAAACAAAUUUCUAAAUUAAAGUCUGAGAGAAGUGUUAACAAAUUUUUUAUUCUUUGCACCAUUUGUGGGAACAAAAAUAACAUGGGCGUAAUUUUGAAAAAUAGAAAGUGCCUUAAAUGUAGUUCGAUAAUAGUUUUUUUGAAAUAA